UAUCACUUUUAUAUUUAUCUCAGCAAUGACUGUAGCUACUCUUCUCGAUGGCAAAACAUUAGCACAAAAUGUACGUGACAAAAUCAAGAAGGAUAUUGAAGCUACGAAAGUGAAAUAUCCAGAAUAUUGUCCUCAUGUGGCCGUGGUUCAAGUUGGUCGUAGAGAAGAUUCAUCAGUUUAUGUUCGUAUGAAGCAAAAAGCUGCUGAAGAAGCAGGCAUUCAAUUCACUCAUGAAAAACUACCUGAUAGUAUCACUCAACAAGAACUAUUGGAACGCGUAAAACAACUGAAUGAAGAUUAUCGUGUACAUGGAAUCUUGGUACAAAUGCCUUUACCGUCUCAUAUUAAUGAAGCAACUAUUAUUGAAGCAAUUGAUUAUCAAAAGGAUGUGGAUGGAUUUCAUGGGCUCAAUAUUGGUAAUAUGGUCAAGAAACAAGCGCAACCUCUGUUUUUACCUUGUACACCUAAAGGCGUGAUGGAAUUACUCAAAUCUACCGGUAUAUCUAUUCAAGGCAAAUCGGCUGUUGUGGUGGGAAGAAGUGAUAUUGUGGGUGUACCUGUGGCACAUUUAUUAGUCGCGGCCAAUGCAACAGUGACUAUUUGUCAUUCCAAAACUCAAGAUAUGGAUCAAAUUGUGAAAACAGCGGAUAUCCUGGUGGUGGCCAUUGGUAAUCCUCAAUUUAUCAAAGGUGAAUGGAUCAAACCUGGAGCUAUUGUCAUCGAUGUUGGUACAAAUCCUAUUCCUGAUCCAUCAAAGAAAUCAGGUACAAGAUUGGUUGGUGAUGUUGAUUUUGAUCAAGCAAAAGAAGUAGCAGGUAUCUUGACUCCUGUUCCUGGUGGUGUUGGUCCGAUGACGGUUGCUAUGUUAAUGGAAAAUGUGAAUAUCAGCGCCAAAAGGUUUUUACAACAAGAUCAAGAUCGAAAAGUGAUACCACUAUCAUUGGACCUCAAGAUGCCUGUACCUUCUGAUAUUGAUAUUGCCAUGGCACAGAAACCAAAGAACAUACAAUCACUCUGUCAUGAGAUUGGACUCAAGCCAGACGAAUAUGAACUUUAUGGAACAACAAAAGCAAAAAUUGGCUUGAAUGUAUUGGAUAGACUGAAACAUCGUAAAAACGGUCGUUAUGUGGUUGUCACUGGAAUCACUCCAACCCCUCUUGGUGAAGGCAAAUCUACUACAACUAUUGGCCUAGUACAAGCUCUUGGUGCCCAUCUAAAUAAAUCUGCUUUUGCAUGUGUUCGUCAACCAUCUCAAGGACCUACAUUUGGUAUCAAGGGUGGAGCCGCUGGUGGUGGAUACUCUCAGGUGAUACCCAUGGAUGAAUUCAACCUUCAUAUGACUGGUGAUCUGCAUGCUGUGACAGCAGCCAAUAACUUACUUGCAGCAGCCAUUGAUGCUCGUAUGUUUCAUGAAGCUACACAAAGCAACAAAGCUCUAUUCAACCGAUUAUGUCCCGCCAAAAAAGGAAUCCGCACCUUUGCUCCCGUGAUGUUGAAACGAUUAGAAAAGCUUGGCAUUGAUACAUCAAAACAACCCAACGAUUUGACGGAAGAUGAGAUAGCCGCAUUUGCAAGACUCGAUAUUGAUCCUUCCACCAUCACUUGGCAACGUGUGACCGAUACCAACGACCGAUUCCUUCGCAAAGUGACUGUAGGUGAAAGUGCAACUGAAAAAGGACAAACAAGAACAACCGGAUUUGAUAUUACAGUGGCAAGUGAAAUCAUGGCUGUGUUGGCUUUGACAACGGAUUUACAAGAUAUGCGAAAACGAUUAGGUAAUAUGGUGGUGGCCAAUUCCAAGACAGGUCAACCUAUUACAGCUGAUGAUAUUGGUAUUGGUGGUGCUCUUACUGUGCUAAUGAAGGAUACAAUCAAGCCCAAUUUAAUGCAAACUUUGGAAGGUACUCCUGUUCUUGUUCAUGCUGGUCCUUUUGCAAACAUUGCUCAUGGAAACUCAUCUGUUCUAGCUGACAAGGUGGCACUUAAGCUAACUGGUACUGAUGGCAAUGAUGAUGGAAAAGAACCGGGAUACUGUGUGACUGAAGCAGGAUUCGGCGCUGAUAUGGGAAUGGAAAAGUUCUUCAAUAUCAAAUGUCGUACAUCAGAAUUGGUACCAGAUUGUGUUGUAUUAGUGGCUACUAUUCGAGCUUUGAAGAUGCAUGGUGGUGGACCAAAUGUUGUGGCUGGCAAACCUCUCCCUGAUGCCUACACUGAAGAGAAUCUAGACUAUUUGGAAAAAGGAUGUAGCAACCUAGUACGACAUAUUGAAAAUGCUCACAAGUUUGGUCUUCCUGUAGUGGUUGCCUUGAAUCGAUUCACAUCCGAUACCUCAGCUGAAUUGGCAUUGGUGCGAAAACUCUCGUUAGAAGCAGGAGCCGAAGAUGCAGUUGUAUGUGAACAUUGGGCAUAUGGUGGACGUGGUGCGAUUGAUUUAGGUCAAGCGGUAAUCAAGGCAUGUCAAGAAAAGACAAAACAAUUCCAGUUUUUGUAUCCUUUGGCCAAUACAAUUAUUGUGGACAAGAUAACAACGAUUUGCAAGGAAAUCUAUCGUGCGGAUGGCAUCGAGCUCAGUCCAGAAGCACAACAUAAAGUAGAUACCUAUACCCGACAAGGCUAUGCUGAUCUCCCUAUAUGUAUGGCCAAGACUCAAUACUCUUUUUCUCAUGAUGCUUCGCUUAAAGGCGCACCUGUUGGUUUUACUGUACCUAUUCGUGACUUGAGACUCUCAGCUGGUGCUCGCUUUAUCUAUCCUCUCUGUGACACUAUUCAAACCAUGCCUGGUUUACCUACCCGACCUUGUUUCUUUGAUGUGGAUUUGGAUGACAAUGGUCAAGUCGUUGGUCUUUUUUAGUCAUAGUCUUUUUUUUCUAUUAUUGUUAUUGUAUCGAUCAUGUCUUUUUUUUUUAUCAUUGUUUUUGAAAGAAAUAAAGAAAUGUGAUGUUUUAUUG